AUGAGACCUUCAAUAAUAUCGAAUACAAGUUUGAAAAUUAUAAAUAAAGGCACCCUUUAUGAGUUUUCUAGUCUUUCCAAAAUUUCAGUUUCACAACUACCAAAUUAUAACAACUUUGGAAAUGGAAAUUAUUUAAUCCAAAAAUCAAAUUUUAACCACUGGCCAAUUUAUAAAAAAAUAUCAAAUUCAAAUAAGGUAAUUACUGAAAUUAAAAAAAUAAGAGGUGAUAUAACUCAGUUCAAAAAUGAUUUAUUAAAAAUAGAACCUAGUUUAGAAAUUGAAAGUGUUAAUUUAAAUGCUGGUAUCGUAAAUAUAAAAGGUGAUCAAGUUACAAAAAUUAAAACGAUAUUUUCAAAAUAUAUAUAA